CGUCAUCAUCGGUAGACCCACAAUUCAACUCGGCGCGCGAAAGCUGACUGAACUGAAGUAAACAACAUAAGAGUGCUGCAGAUCGAUCGUCGACUGUCUAGUCUGAAUCUGAAUUAACAAUGAGCAAAAAAGACAGUUCAGGUGUCGCACAGAUCCUCGCUUACCUCAAUGAGAAAAACAGACCCUAUAGUGCUCAGGAUGUUUUUACCAACCUACAGAAGCAGUGUGGUCUGGGUAAAACGGCUGUGGUCAAAGCCAUGGAUCAGCUUGCCCAGGAGGGAAAGAUUAAAGAGAAAGUCUAUGGAAAGCAGAAGAUCUACUUUGCGGACCAGUCUCAGUUUGGAGAUGUGAGUGAUGCUGAACUUAAGAAGAUGGACAGUCGUAUUGCGGAGAUCAGCACUGAAGUACAGACCAUCUCACAGAGCUGCAGGCAGCUUGAUACAGAGCUUAAGGAGUUGAACAGCUCAUUAACCACAGCAGAGAUGAAGGCACAGAUCCAGGAGCUACAGGCAGAGUGUUCUGGGUACAGAGAGAGGCUGGAUAAAAUCAAGUCAGCUACAAACCAUGUGACCCCCGAGGAGAGGGAGAAGGUUUCCAAGGAGCGAGAGACUUAUGUGAAAGAGUGGAGGAAGAGAAAGAGAAUGGUUUCUGAUAUGGUUGGAGCUAUUUUGGAGGGGUAUCCAAAAAGCAAGAAACAGUUUCUGGAGGAGGCUGGGAUUGAAACAGACGAGGACCAUAAAGUGACAAUGCCCAACAUCUGAUGGAGGACUCACUGUUUAAAUUCAGAUGCUGUUGCUGGGACGCCAGACUUUUGGAAAGGUUGGAAAGUAACAGAGAAUUCUGUGACGGCAAGAUAACUGUUUUGUUAAAAAGCAAUUCUAUUUUUUAAAAGUUAUGUUGAAAAAGAAAGAACAAAAGCUGUACAUAAGUUUGAAUAUUGUUUAUUUUUCGAUUAAAAGUAUACUGAUACAAAAAUAUUUCAACCAGAUUCUCUCACUGGAGUCUAGUUUAACAUGACUCGUGUCUUAACUUGUAAAGAAGUCCCUUAUUCCAGCACAGGUCAAACAGUUGAUUUGUACAAUCAUCUGUUAUUAAAAAAAGAUCUCGAUACAUAAAAAUAAUCUGUGUCCUGAGUAGACUUCGAUUCAAAUUUUUGUCACGUCUAAAUUAACAUUCAUUAAAACACAAAUAGAAUUGGGCGGUCACACCAUGUGAAGUUGCUACCCCGCAUGAAAGCGACUGUGCCUUCAAUGAUAGCUUAUGCAGCACAAAACAUGCUGAUCACAAGAGCUCAAACCAUUAACAUAAAUGUAGAAUAAAACACUGGAUAUUAUUGCGCGACACACAGGUGAUUAAAAA